AUGCCUGAAGUCAAUGGUGUGCGAUUUGCCAGACUCUGGACUCUGGACGGCGACGAGGAUGAUGAUAACGAAUUCGUAUGGAGCCCAGAGAUUGAGGAGCUCGAGCUGAAAGGCUCGCACCUGCUUUCUCUCUUCGAUGGGUUGGAUUCCAGGACGACGGAGGUCAUCGUCAGUGCGCCGAACUUUGGUCACGCAAAGUCCUUGCUGCUGGCAGCCUGCCAGGCUGCAGGUGCCCCAACUUUCUGCCCGGAAGAGGUGGACGCUACAGCAGUCCGUGUUGUCGCCGAUUCCUUGAAGAGCCACAUUGGCAGAGAUGUCUGCGGCCACCGGGCGUCAGUGUCCGAGGAGCUGGGCUGCUUGAUGCUCACAUUGAGAGAUUUUCGCCGUCCGUUUGAUGAGCAGUUCAGUUCCGAGCUGGCUGGCUUGAUCGAAGAAUCCCUUUCGAGCGUGUCUUCCCUGCCUACACUUGGCUUAGACUCCUCGAAGCCGGCAGUGAGCGCAGCAGCCCGGAGGGAGGCCUAUGCAAGCCUAGGACUCGCAGCUGGAGCAGCUGGGACCGUGGUGACAGGAGGCAGUGCGCUCGUGGCUGUCGGCUUCGCAGCAGCAGCCGCAAGCCUCGGCGCGCAUGCUGCGAUGGGGCAGACAGACCCGACAAGCCCAGCAGUGGGCUGCGCCUUUGGUCGGGGAACUUCUAGAGACUUGCGAGUCAGCAGCGCAGCGGCGAUGCUGCGAGAGUUGUUGAAGACUGGGGUGGACCUGUCCUUGGUAGAUGAGCUCACGGACGAGGAGCGUGUCCUAGGCGGACAUUUAGCAGCUCUCAGGGUGAGGGAGGCGCAAGUUGUCGCUUCCGAAGACGACACGCCGCCCACCUUGAUGGCCCCGCUUGGCCUGCUUGUGAACAACGACAACCCACUACUAACAUCCAUGAUUCUUGCAGCAAUGGCAUUGAUCACCGACUCCAUGGCUGGAGCUGGUGAGAUCAAUGGCUAUGUGCUUCGCUCGGUCCGGGUACGUGGUUGCCGUGGUUGUGCUCUGCAGUUUCGAAGGGCUCACUCUUGCCCACUCAUGUAG